CAGGGAGGGGCACCGAGUCGGCCUGCUGGAGCGUAUAGGACCGAGGACGGGGACUCUUCUUCUCGGUGCGCCGGAGCUCAGAACUGAGUAUAAAUAUUCGCGAGCGGCGAGGGAGGACCACGUAGCCGCGCCUCAGGCGAAGUAUACCGGCCUUCUGGUGGAGAGAGCUGGACACUGAGAGCCGCCACAACGGCCUUCCGCUCUCGUCGUCCCCCCUGCUGGCUCCCACGCCGACCGUGGACCUGGGAGCGACCGUGAGGCCAAAGAAAGGGGGUAGUGGCGGUUCGACAUGGGGCGGCAGCUCCGCAGGAGAAGCUGAGGAGCGAGCAUGAGUCCCGGGGAGGAGCCGUGACCACUCUUCUGCCACCAGCCGCCUCGUCCGUCUCCCUGUGGAGCCCGAUUGUUGUUUGGACGCGGGCAGGAGAGGAACGAGGAUGGAGCAAGCCGGCGUCCUGAGAAGCUUCAUUCAGGGAGUGAAGUCCAUGAGCCGCGGGGACGAAGAGCGAGGAGAGGACAGCUUCGCCUGCGACUUCAUGCGUCUGCGCCGACUCUCCACCAAAUAUCGCACAGAGAAGAUCUACCCGACAAACGAGGGAGAGAGGGAGGAGAACGUGAAGAAGAAUAGAUACAAGGAUAUACUACCAUUUGAUCAUACUCGGGUGAAACUGACGUUACAGACGUCAACAGAGGACUCUGAUUACAUCAACGCAAAUUUUGUCAAGGGUGUGGAUGGUCCAGAGUCCUACAUUGCCACCCAAGGGCCACUUCCCAACACCGUCCUGGACUUCUGGCGGAUGAACUGGCAAUACAACAUCACGGUCAUCGUCAUGGCAUGCCGGGAGUUUGAGAUGGGUCGGAAAAAGUGUGAGAAGUAUUUCCCCUUGAUGGGGGAGGGGUCGCUGAGCUUCGGACCCUUCACUAUCGCCUGUGAAUCCGAACAGUCCAGAACUGACUAUUUCAUCAGGACGUUGUUGGUCAAGUACCAGGAGGAAAGCCGCAGGAUCACUCAGUUUCACUACAUGAAUUGGCCAGACCACGACGUCCCGUCCUCGUUUGACUCCAUCCUGGACAUGAUUGGGUUGAUGAGGGAGUACCAGGAGGACAACCACGUCCCCAUCUGUGUCCACUGCAGUGCAGGCUGCGGGAGAACGGGAGCCAUCUGCGCCAUCGACUACACGUGGAAUCUGCUGAAGGCUGGAAAAAUCCCUGAAGACUUCAAUGUCUUCCGUCUAAUCCAAGAGAUGAGGACCCAGCGACACUCUGCUGUCCAGACCAAAGAGCAGUACGAGCUGGUCCACCGAGCCAUAGCACAACUGUUCCAGAAACAGCUGCAGGUCCUGGAAGGUCCCGGAACCCACAUCCUUGAUAACAUGGUCCAGAGUUUAGACAAGUGUGGUCAGCAGUCAGAUGAUGAGAGAUUGGACACUCCUCCCCCCAAACCUCCACGCAUCCGGAGCUCUCAGGUGGAGGGAGAUGUGAAGGAGGAAAUCCUGCAGCCCCCGGAGCCUCACCCUGUGCCCCCUAUUCUCACCCCGUCUCCCCCCUCUGCCUUCCCCACCGUCACUGAUGUCCGGCAGGACAACGACCGAUACCAUCCCAAACCUGUGAUCCAUGUUUUGGCGACGGCCUCCUCUCAGAACCAGAACUGGGACCCACAUCAGAACCAGCCAACUCAGAGUGCGUCGGAACUCAAAGACAGGGAUCUGCCUGAUCCUGCGCCGCCAGCUGAUCUGGACUUAAACGACAAUUACAGCAACAGAGCCAAGGCAGAGCCAGGUCACAGUCCUGCGCCCUCCUCACCACUCUCCCCGGUUCUGGACAGCUCUGGGGUACCUCGGAUCGAGAGGAAGCUCAGCAUUGAGAUCAAGAAGGUGCCGCUGCAGGAGGGUCCGCGCAGCUUUGACACCUCAGCAGCCAAUCAGUCUGUGGCACUGCAGCGAAGCCACGCCUUCAAAGCCCGUUCUGGUCCAUCACUGCUUACCUCCAGCUCCUCUCUGUCUGAGGAGUCAGGGACCGAGGGAGCUGAAGGUGGGAUCCUGGCCAGACCCAACCACCUGCCAGUGAACCCAGAGAGGACGAAGGGUCAGGACAAGGCUGGGCAGGCAACCUGGACCCAGUCCUGCAGCAGUCCGGACAAGCUCUCCAAGCCUUACUUGGACCAGUUCGCCCCUUCAUCUUCGUCCUCUUCGGACAUUGCUCCCCCAUCAUCAUCGUCCUCUUCCUCAGAGCAUGCCCCUGCCUCGUCCUCUUCCUCCUCCCAUCUCUCCCCUCCCUCCUCCACCUCCUCCUCCUCCACGCCAGUCCGGACUGCCCUGAGCUUCACCAACCCGCUACACUCUGACAAUUCAGAGGAAGAGGGUGACAUGGAGCUGACUGCUGCCCGGGACAGCUAUCACAUCAGCGUCUCCAUGGCAACAGUCACAGCCACUCAUCAUGGUGACCAGCCGAUGCUCAGGAAGGUUUCAUCCAUGUCCAUCGCUGGACAGACUUCCCCAACCUCUGACCCAGAGAAGUUCUGGGACAGCGACGACUCCCCCCCUCCUCUCCCAGAGAGAACCCCAGAGUCCUUCGUCCUGGCCUCAGGUGCGUCAUUGAUCGCUGCACCCUGGUCCACAUCCCAGCACUUUUUUUUUUUUAGAACUUCCUGUCUGAAGCCCUGCCCACUUGACUAUCUACAGGAGUGUGUGUGUGUCUGUCUGUAUAUCUGUCUGCUUUAUAUCAAUAUAAGUGUUUUUGACUGUGAUUCUUUCUCAGAUAUAUCAGAGGUGAAGAACUCAACUGAAGCCACUGGGCCUAAUAGAGGUGUGUCUGAGUGCAUUCAAAAGACAUCUCCUGCUUCUACCGGACCCUCGGACCUGGGUGGGGUUCGGUAGCUGCUGGGGUCUGCCGCAGGGCCCGCAUAAACCCCCGCUGGAGUGGACCUGAUGGUGGAGCCAGUUUGAUCCCACCUGGAGACAAACGCCACCAAAGAGACUAGUUCUUUUCACUUCUUCCCCUGACGUGCCUCCAGUCUGACCGAAUCAGAACCCACCCCUGUGUUCCAAGAACCCUGGAGGCUCCAUGGGUCUACUGACAUUAGCUCUGUUUCUUCAGUUCAUGCUCGUUUCAAUCUGGGGUCCAGAACUUUCCGGUGGAUUGUCUUCAGCACUGGAAAAGUAGAGACACCAGGGGGCGCCAGGCGACAAUCCUGUCUUAUCCUGAUCCUCAUGCAUGGACCAGGAACCUGUCUGGAACAUGGUCCUUCAGUGGGAACUCUACUGGGACAGAGAUCCAGACUCAGCUGGACACCUGAGUCUUGUUCCAGAAUCUCUGGGGUUUUUUUCUGAUUUUUCAUCUUUUUUUAAGGUCUAUCUUGGGUUCUGAAAUUCUGGAGGAUCAAUAAUCUCACAGGCAGAACCAUCAACAUCAGCACGAGUGUGUGACGAAGACGAACAUGGAGAUUUCCAUGCUGCUGAUCCUUUUUAAAGUUAUUUUUGUAACCGUGUUUGCUGCAGCCUUCACUCGCGCAUCUUUGAACCCUCAGUGAGCUCACCUGUGCCUUUAUGACAGAGCCCGCCCCCUUCUGCUCCUCCACCAAUCGGUGAUGACUUCGCAGUCACACAUGGACACGUUUGUAUGUUGCUGAAAUCAAUCAACAAAAUAAAA